AUGAGCAAUGCGGAUUCUCCCACAGCGUCAGCUGCAGUCUCGGCUGCGAAGGGGAGUUUUGACGUGACUACGCUCUUCCUACAACAGAGCGACGUAAUUCUUCACUGCGGGGGCGCAAAAACCUUCGUCGUCCCGAAGGACAUGGUUGUCAGGAACUCGGAGUACUUUGCCUCCUGCCUCGAAAAACCCCUGAGCCAAUCUAGCGAGACAUUAUCAACCUCCAUCGAACUCCACAAUGUCAAUCCAGGGAGCCUCGGCGUCUACCUGUGGUUUGACCUCCAGGUGUCCACGCGAUCAAUGCCAUGCAUCGACCGUCAAGCCCUACCAGAACCCAACGAUCUCCCGCUGCUGGUCGACGCCUACCAGUUGGCCCAUCGAUUCAUAAACAAGAACGUCAGACACGCCCUCAACGGCGCGAUCAAGGCCGCAAUCAAGGCCGCAAUCAAGGCCGCAAUGACAGUGCCCGCCGGCGACGAAAAGCAUAACGUUGUCAACAACAGCAGCUGGUGGAUCGGAAACUUUCUGGAUGGUUAUCACGCGUUGAAUGAUAAUGUUGACGAAGAGAAAGAGCUUCGCGGAGACAUUGUUGAGACCUUCUGUCGACUGUUUUUGGAAGACGACAGCGGGGCCAAUGUGCGACUUGUCGAUGAAGCGUUCAGAUUGGCGGUUCUUGAUCACCUCAUUUCUGCCAACGCCGACCUCCAAGCUAAGAACAAGAAGCUCGUGGAGGCCAACAAACAAAUGAAAUAUGCCGCGCAAUACAAUGCCGCCCUUACAAUCUGGUCAUAUGGAAAAAGGUUCUGA